AUGCUUGAGAACGGAAGCAGUAUUAUGGAUCGGAAGAGCAAGCUAUUCAAAUGCUCUCCAUACUUGGACGAGCUGAGCAUACUGCGCGUCAAGGGAAGAAUCGACCUAAUAGAAGGAGUCGAAGUAAACCUAAAGCGACCCAUAAUCCUACCAAGAAGACAUCGAUUUACAUUUCUGCUGGUUGAGUCGUAUCAUCGCCGGUACCAUCAUCUGUACGACGAGAUCGUGGUCAAUGAACUACGGCAAAAGUUCCUGAUAUUUGGUCUGAGAGCCUUGGUGAGAGAGGUUUCUCAAACUUGUCCAGCAUGCCGGAUGAGGCGCGCGCGUCCUAGGCCUCCAGAAAUGGGAAGUCUACCGCGCGAGCGUUUGGCGCACCACAUGGCGCCGUUCACCUAUACAGGAGUGGAUUACUUUGGGCCCAUCGACAUCAUCGUUGGACGACGGCACGAGAAGCGCUGGGGUGUUCUGUUCACAUGCCUCACAAUUCGUGCCGUACACCUGGAUAUCGCAACGUCACUGUCAACCGACUCUUUUCUUUGUAUUCAAAAGGCAUUUAUAGCGAGACGUGGUUGCCCGCGACGAAUGAUGUCCGAUAAUGGGACUAACUUCCGAGGUGCGAGUAGAGUGUUAAAAGAUGAAGUGGAGCGUAUAUCGACCAGGGAUGUGGAGACCAAAUACCCAGAAAUGGAGUUCAUGUUCAUUCCGCCAGGCUCACCGCACAUGGGCGGUGCAUGGGAAAGAUUGGUACGCUCAACAAAGUCCAUUCUAACGGAAAUCUUGCCGCCUGGUGGAUUGCGAGAAGAAGUGCUUCGUGCUGCGUUGGCUGAUGUGGAGGGUAUUCUCAACUCACGCCCACUCACAUAUGUACCACUGAAAUCGGCAGACUCAGAAGCGUUUACACCGAACCAUUUCCUCUUGGGCCACUCUAGUGGAAUUCGUGAACGAGACAGCGAAAUCCAUAACGGUGACAAGCUUGCCAAAGGAUUCAGAAUUUCGAGCCAGUUAGCCGAUCAGUUCUGGAAAAGAUGGAUUCGAGAAUAUCUGCCAACGCUUACGCGCCGUACCAAAUGGUUCCAACCGCCGCCAGAUUCGAUCGCCGUGAAUGACAUUGUUGUUAUCGCAGAUGAGAAUGGCAAACGAAACAGCUGGCCCAAAGGAGUUGUGGUAGAUGUUCACCGAUCGAGAGACGGUCAGGUACGGAGUGCCGUAGUGCGCACUCCAGAAGGUAUUGUGACUCGCCCCGCCGUAAAGCUAGCCAAAUUAGAUUUGAAAAUUGGUAAUACACAACGCGAAUGCUAG